UCCGCUCCCAGGGCGGGCCGGAACUUUUGUCAGCCGGAACCGGCGAACGCCGCUCCGUGUUGUCGACCGGCGUCAAGGCGACGAGGGUGCUGGUCCCUUCCUCCGGCUGCGGUGGCUGCGGAGCUCAGUCCGGCCGGUCUGGUGGAGGAGGAGCACGGUCGCCAGGACUGGGUCUAUGGUCGCUCCGCGGGCCGCUUUGCCGGCUGGUGCUUUUGGAUCAGGGCGAGCAGUAUUCCAUGGCAGGGAACUUUUGGCAGAGCUCCCACUAUUUGCAGUGGAUUUUGGAUAAACAAGAUCUGUUGAAAGAACGCCAAAAGGACCUAAAGUUUCUCUCAGAAGAGGAGUAUUGGAAAUUACAAAUAUUUUUUACAAAUGUUAUCCAAGCAUUAGGUGAACAUCUUAAAUUAAGACAACAAGUUAUUGCUACUGCUACAGUCUAUUUCAAGAGAUUCUAUGCUAGGUAUUCUCUGAAAAGUAUAGAUCCUGUAUUAAUGGCUCCUACAUGUGUGUUUCUGGCAUCCAAAGUAGAGGAAUUUGGUGUUGUCUCAAAUACGAGAUUGAUUGCUGCUACUACUUCUGUAUUAAAAACUAGAUUUUCAUAUGCUUUUCCAAAGGAAUUUCCUUACAGGAUGAAUCAUAUACUAGAAUGUGAAUUUUACCUCUUAGAAUUAAUGGACUGUUGCUUGAUAGUGUAUCAUCCUUAUAGACCUUUGCUCCAGUAUGUGCAGGACAUGGGCCAAGAAGACGUGCUGCUUCCCCUCGCGUGGAGGAUAGUGAACGAUACCUACAGGACGGAUCUAUGUCUGCUGUAUCCUCCUUUCAUGAUCGCUUUAGCUUGCCUACAUGUAGCCUGUGUCGUACAACAGAAAGAUGCUAGACAAUGGUUUGCAGAGCUUUCUGUGGAUAUGGAGAAGAUUUUGGAAAUAAUCAGGGUUAUUUUAAAACUAUAUGAGCAGUGGAAGAAUUUUGAUGAGAGAAAAGAGAUGGCGACUAUUCUUAGUAAGAUGCCGAAACCAAAACCACCUCCAAACAGAAGCUCCCUGAGUGAUUCUCCACUAAUGGCAGGGCCUGAAGCUGCACGAUGAUGAUGGACAAGAUAAGGCAAUCUCCUAUUGUCACAGUUACUGUGAAGGUGAGCAGGGUCCAAAUGGAAGUCAGAACUCUAGCUACAGCCAAUCUUAAAACACCCUGAAGAAUCCCGUAGUGGACCACUUGGAAGUAAAGCAUUGGACAGUUUGAGUAAUGUCUUCAUUGGAAAGCAGAUGCAAACGAAUAGCUUGUUUCUGUCAAGCAUAUUGGGAAUUGACUUAAUUUUCACAAAAUAAGGUUUUUUUCCUAACGAUUUAGUGUGUAAUUUAUUAAAUAUUAAUUACAAAAUUUAGUAAGGCUCUAAAGGAACCAAUAGCCAUCCACAGACAUUUCAGGGUUAACUUCUCUCUUACAUACACAUAUGUAUAUAGACACAUACUAAUACUGGUUUUUGAUAAGGUAAUUGAAGGGUUUGUUUUUUUUUUAAUAAUAAUAGCUUUUUUAUUAAGUCAGGAAGCAUGAAAUGUCAUUUGUUCAAAUUUUUCUUUCAGCGUUGAGGGACCAAAAGAGGACAUAAAAAGUCAAUAAAACUACCCCCAGCCCAGUUAAAUUUUAAAACUGGGUUUAAAAAAUUAAAUCUUAGAAAAUCCUUAGAAGGUUUUAGAAAUGAUAAUUACAAUUUGAGGGAGAUUAAUCAAGAACUUACUGAUUUUAAAAUAAAUUGUAUUUAAUACUUUUUGUAUCAUUACAGAAGAUACUGGCCCAGCCUAUCAAAAAAGUGCAAUGUAGAUAUAUAUAUAUAUAUAUAUAUAUAUAUAUAUCAUACUUUGACAUUUUAAAAGUUGUAUUGACUUACUAGCUGUUUUGAAAACCUGAAAGAAAAGGUUAUUUGCAACUAAUUUAUAGUUAAAUUAGUUUAACUUGAUUAAACACUUAAGGUAAAAUUUGGUGAAAUUUUAAUGUUUAAUCUGUCCUGAAAAUUUUUUAUAAGACAUAUACACCCAGUUUAAGUUUAUGUUUUAGUGUAAGCUAACAUAUGUACAGCAAGUAUUCUAAAUCAGGAAGGAACCUAGUCAGGUUUUAGACCAGUGAGAUUCUUAAUUCUCAUGGGUGUAGACUUCAGAAUAAAUGUUACAUUUGUGGGACUUCAUUAAUUAAUUUUCUUCAGACUCAAAGGAAGAAGAAUAAAUAAAACUUGGAAUAAUGAGAUAUUAUUGUAUAGUUUUGCACUUUUUAAAAAAUAAAUCAUGAAAAAAAUUAAUAAGUGUUGACUUCCUGGUUAAAAUUGGAAGAAUAAAAGUUAAGUUUUUCAGCUAUCUCUACUAAUGCCUUGAAUUCCUGUUGCUAAGUUUGACUUAGGUUUUCUGAGAAUCUUUGUGCGUGUUAAAUUAGAACCCUAAACUCUGUAAAGAGGUGAUCUUUGUAUAGUUUAUAAAUAGAUUGUAAGGAAGGUUCUGCUUCCUAAUGGAGACUAUCAGAUGCAGAUGUGUGAAAGGGAGAUUUUACAUUGGUACAAAAAUGGAUUCUCCUAAGGUUGUAUAAGGAUAAGUAACAAACAAAGGAACAAACAGGCUCUCCCUGAACUUCGUUUGGAUGCUUGGUGAUUGAUUACUUAUCACAGUUCUUAACUAUAGUUUUAUCUUCAAGCUUUUUUUUUAAUCCAGUUUCUUUUUUCAGAUUUAUAUUUUUGCUUUAUAGUUUUCUCUGCAAAUGCUGUUGUGGAAAAUUAAGAACUUGCAAGAGUAGACAAAGCCAUGAAAUAGCUCUCCUGUGUGUAUGCUCUAGCCUCACUAAAGCCGUGGAAUAGGUCUCCCGUGUGUAUGCUCUAGCCUCAGCUUUACUGAUUCAUAGCCAGUUUCACCUUAUGUAAACUUCCACACUAGUCUCCAGCUCAUACAUUAUCUUGAAGAAAAUUCUAGAUAUAUCAUUUUAUCCAUAAAUAAUUUCAUACUGCUAAUAGGUGAAAUCAUUAUUUAAUAUUAUAUUAAAAUUCUCAAUUCCCUGAACAUUGCAGACCAUUCUGUAUUCAUUUAUAAAUCCUUUUAGGUUGAGAUUCAUGGAUUCUUCCUCCAUGCUAUAAAAAACAUUCCCUGUUUUCAUUUGUUCAUGUAUUAAGUUUCCCAUAGCCUAAGUUUUACUGUGAGCAUCUUUAGCAUGCCAUUUAGUAAGGGUUUUUUUCUCCUUUGUAUUUCUGUAAAUUGAUAAUUGAAUAUGAAGGCUGAUCACACCGAGAUUCUUUUUGUUUUGGCUAGACUACUGUAGGGUGGCCAUCUCUUGCAAUAGUCAACACAUAGUGACUGUUGCUGUCCUCAUUUAUGACAAGUACUGUUUCAGAAUCAGUCAGUCUUAGGCACACUGUCCAGUCUCAGCCACCAGCCACUUAGGGCUGAACAGUUACUAUGUGGCUUGUCUGAAUGCAGAUAUGCUGUAAAUGUGCAAACAUGUUGGGUUUA